GGCGCAAUUAAGUCAACAAAUAUACUACUUGCUUCAACUUGCAUCUGAAAAAAUUCUGAGAAAUAAUGGUGAGAUUGCUACUUAUAUGCUCUAAUUAACACUCUCCUUUGAUUGUCUCUUCAGAAGAUCAAUCACAAAGUCGUUUUUUGUUCCUCUCUCUCUCUUUCUCUAUGGCUCCAUCAUCUUCUUUUACCACUUGGGUGUACGAUGUUUUUCCGAGCUUCAGUGGGGAAGACGUACGUGUAACUUUCCUCAGCCACUUUCUAAAGGAGCUUGAUCGGAAACUGAUCAUUCCUUUCAAAGACAAUGAGAUGGAGAGAAGCCGGUCACUCGAUCCUGAGCUUAAACAGGCUAUUAAGGAUUCUAGAAUUGCAGUGGUCGUGAUCUCCAAAAACUACGCCUCUUCAAGCUGGUGCCUCAACGAGUUGCUGGAGAUAGUGAAUUGCAAGGAAGAGUAUGGUCAGAUGGUAAUACCGGUUUUCUAUGCUUUGGAUCCUUCCCAUGUAAGGAAACAAACCGGUGACUUUGGAAAAAUCUUUGAAGAGACUUGCAAGAACAGUACAAAAGAAGUGACAAACCGAUGGAGGAGUGCCUUGACCGAUGUAGCUAAUAUCCUCGGAUAUCAUUCAGUGUCUUGGGGUAACGAAGCAAAAAUGAUUGAAGAAAUUGCCAAUGAUGUUUUGGAUAAACUACUUUUAACUCCAUCGAAGGAUUCUGAGGACUUCGUAGGCAUCAAAGAUCAUAUCGCAAAUAUGAGUGUAUUGUUAAACUUGGAAUCUGAGGAAGUGAGGAUGGUUGGUAUAUGGGGUUCCUCCGGGAUUGGCAAAACUACAAUAGCAAGAGCUCUUUACAACCAACUUUCUCGACAUUUUCAAAAUAGCAUUUUCAUAGACAGGUCUUUCUUAUCUAAGAGUAUGGAAAUUUAUAAUAUAGCCAAUCCGGACGACUACAACAUGAAGUUGCAUUUGCAAAGAAAUUUCCUCUCUGAAAUCUUAGGUAAAAAACACAUAAAGCUGAAUCAUUUAAGUGCUGUUGAGGAGAGGCUGAAGCACCAGAAAGUUCUUAUUUUCAUCGAUGAUUUGGAUGAUCAAGUGGUGCUAGAUGCCUUGGUGGGUGAACCAAAAUGGUUUGGAAAUGCGAGCAGAAUAAUUGUGGUUACAAAUGAUAAGCAUUUCUUAAGGGCCCAUGGGAUUGAUUGUCAUUAUGAGGUCUGUCUCCCAUCUGAAGACCUCGCUCAAGAUAUGUUAUGUCAAUAUGCUUUCAGGAAAAAGUCUCCACCUGAAGGUUUUGAGAAGCUAGUAGUUGAAGUUGCAAGACAUGCUGGUUGUCUUCCUUUGGGUCUUAAUGUUUUGGGUUCAUCUCUACGAGGGAGAGAUAAGGAGUACUGGAUGGAUAUGUUGCCAAGGCUUCAAAAUGGUAUAGAUGAGAAGAUUGAGAAAACAUUGAGAGUCAGCUAUGAUGGAUUAGGUAGCGAACAAGACAAAGCGAUAUUCCGCCAUAUCGCAUGCUUUUUCAAUGGUGCCGAAGUCACAUACAUGAAGUUAUUGCUCGCAGAUAGUGACUUGGGUGUUAAUAUUGCACUUGGGAACCUAGCUGAUAAGUCCCUCAUCGACGUCAGAUUGGGUAUUGUGAGGAUGCACCGUUUGCUACAAGAAAUGGGUAAAAAGGUUGUUCGUCUUGACGACCCUGAAAAACGGGAAUUUCUGGUGGAUUCACAAGAUAUAUGUGAUGUACUCAAUGAAGGCAUUGGUAGUAAAAAGAUUUUAGGUAUAUCAUUGGAUAUUGAUGAGAUUGAUGAGUUGCAUGUACAUGAGAGUGCCUUCAAGGGGAUGCGUAAUCUCCGUUUUCUAGACAUUUACUCGAAAAGCUUUCAUAGGUUGGGGAAACAAGGCAUUUUGCACUUACCCGAAAGCUUCGACUACUUUCCCCCUAAACUCAAAUUAUUGUGUUGGCCCGAAUAUCCAAUGAGAUGUAUGCCAUCCAAGUUUCGUCCUGAAAAACUGGUUAAGCUCAAAAUGAAUAAUAGCAAGCUUGAGAAGCUGUGGGAAGGAGUUGUGUCACUAACAUGUCUCAAUGUGAUGGAUUUGUGGGGAUCUCACAACCUCAAAGAAAUCCCAGAUCUUUCAAAGGCAACCAAUCUCGAGAUUCUUGAACUUGGGCGUUGCUAUAGUUUGGUGGAGUUUCCUUCCUCAAUUCCAUAUCCCAAUAAAUUGAAGAUAUUGGACAUGCACUAUUGCGGAAAUCUAGAGACUAUUCCAAUUGGCAUAAACCUCCAAUCUCUCGACCACCUCAAUCUUUAUAAAUGCUCGCAGUUAAGGACUUUUCCUGAAAUCUCAACAAACAUCUCAGAGCUCUAUAUAGACGAAACAGCCAUUGAAGAAUUCCCUGCUAAUAUGCGUUUGGAGAAUCUAUGUGAGCUUCGCAUGGAAAACCUAAAGAGUAAGAAACUAUGGGAAGGAGUUCAGCCUCUUACUCCCCUCAUGGCGAUGUUGUCUCCCUCUUUGACGAGGCUGUGGCUAUCGGAUAUCUCAAGUUUGGUGGAGCUUCCUUCUUCAUUUCAGAAUCUCCAUAAUCUCAGGAGUUUGAAAGUUGCAAAUUGCGUAAAUCUGGAGACCCUUCCCACUGGAAUGAACCUCCAAUCUCUUUGUCGCCUCGAUUUUAGUGGAUGCUCACGGCUGAGGACUUUUCCUGAUAUCUCAACAACCAUCAGAGGGCUCCAUCUAGGGCAAACAGCGAUUGAAGAGGUUCCUUGGUGGAUUGAGAAAUUCUCUAGGCUUAAAUUCCUAGAGAUGAAGGGAUGCAACAAGUUAGAAUAUGUAAACCUAAAUAUUUCUAAACUGAAGGAUCUUUCAGUUGACUUUUCAGACUGCAAGGCAUUGACUGGAGCUAGCUGGAAUGAUAGUCCAAGAAGUGUGUUAAAUUAUGUCCCACAGAGAGUCCAUAUCAAUUUCACCAACUGUUUCAACUUGGAUCAAGAAGCUUUGUAUCAACUGUUUCACCAACGUUCAUUUUUUUAUGAUCCAAUGAUCUUGCCAGGUGAAGAAGUGCCAUCAUAUUUCACUCACCGAACUACUGGAGCCUCCUCUUCUCUGACCAUCCCUCUACUUCACAGUUCUCUCUCACAACCAUUCUUCAGAUUCAGGGCUUGCACUGUGUUUAAUUGUGACAAUAUGUCUGAGUUAUCUAGCGGUGGAGAAUUCUAUGCUAAAUUUCACUUCAAAGGCAGAUUUUGGAACACUUUAGAUUCCUUUCGUCAGCCACAAGACUUCUGGGCAGGCACUGAGAUGUAUACGAUCUGGACAACUAAGAAGGAUACUCGUCUGUUUAUUUUGGAUUGUCGUAUCCCUCUAAGGAAAGAUAGUGCUGUCCUAGCUGAAAUGAACUACAAUCAUGUGGAUAUACAGAUUCAUAUUAGUAAUAUUAGUCACUCUCCAGAAGAAUGGGGUAUACGACUUUUAGAGGACUGUUCAUCAGCAGAGAACGGACUUGGUAGUCCAAACACGCCUCCUCAUGUUUUUGAAACCGACUUAGUGACGGAGACAAGCAGUAAACGAAUGCGGAUUUCGUGAAGAAAAUUUGAAUCGAAACUGUAAGAGUAUUAUGCAGAAGCGUUUAAAUCCAAUACAAAUCUUUGCCCGGUUUAGCGAUAAAUAUGAUUUGUUAUGAUCCGAAAAUGGAUGCAUGGGGAAGAGAUCACAGAUGAAAAUCAACCACUUAUCACCUUUUAAAUGCUCUUCCAAUUAAUCUCUUCAAGCUUUUUCUAUUUAAAAACGUUUUUUCUCUCUAUGUAAUUUCUUUGUUUAAAUUAAUUCUUAAAUAAUAUAUAUGUAAAUGUUAAACAAAAAUUUAUGUUAUAAUAAUUAAAAAUAUUAAAAAUAUUUAUUUUAUUUUUA